GAGGGGUGCGUUUGGUGGUGGGUGUUCGGUGGUUUGGCGGCCGAGGUGCCCGCUGUGGGGUCUGUUGGCGGUUGGGAUGGUGCCUGUGGGCCGGUUUGGUUGGUGCUGGGGUUGGUUUGUUCAGCCCUGCCUGCCUGCCCGGGAAGAGGUGAUGGAAGCGGUUCACUUUCGUCGAAGUGCAGGCAUUUCAUCCAUCUGCAGGCACCCAAGUCAAAGUCUCGGCGACCCGUUGGACAAGACACGCGACAAGUGCCGAGGAUUGAAUAAUACCUAUCAGAUACUCGGAGCGUUGUCCGGGCUUUUCUGAGCUCGCCAGGUGGGCUGAUUCGUGUACCGAGGCCAUGGGCAUUUUCAGGACAAAACCUCAAAUUGGAUAGAGUUCAUGGGCAUAGGUUAUG